UCCAAAAUGUCUUCCCAAGACCACACUCGUAUCCUGCUUUUGGAGGAGCAAGUGAAGAGUUUAUCAGAUGAGCUAACGCAAUGCCAGGCAGACAAGGAGUUUGUGUGGUCCCUAUGGAAACGCUUGCAAGUGGCAAAUCCAGACUUGACCCAGGCUGUCAGUUUGGUGGUUGAGCGUGAGAAGCACAAAGCUGAAAUUAAGGACAGGAAAGUGUUGGAGAUCCUUCAGUCCAAAGACUACACAAUACAGGAGCUGGAACAGAAAGUGACAGGACAGCAGCAGGAGAUUAACAACUUGGUGCAGAGGAGGACGACAGUGGACGAGGAGAGUGCCUUAAUGAAGAAGGAGCUGACAGCUCUGCGUGAACAACUGGUCAAUAAGAAUCAGGAACUCGAGUGUAGGAGGAAAGGGGAGGAGGAGCGGCAGGUGGUGCAGGCUCUAGAGGAGGAGAAAGAGGGAUUAACUUCCCGCUGCGCCGCCCUGCGAGCUGACCUGGAGGAGAAUGAGAGGCAGGCCAAUAGCCAACGAGACCAGAGGGAUGCUGCCCAGGCCAGAGUCAAGGACCUGGAGGAGGAGCUACACAAUGCCUGGCAGGAGUUGUCUCGCUUGCAGAGUUACAGUAGCAGUCUGGCAGGCCAGCUCUCUUCCAAAGAGGGGGAGGUGGCGGCAAAAGAGGGGCAACUCGUUCAACUUCGUCGUGAGUUCACAGAAGUGCAGAUUCUAUACAGACAGAGCACAGAGCAUGCAGCAGAGCAGAGUCAUCUGAUCAAGCAACUGGAAGGACUCAACCUAGACACACAGAGAGUCCUGAGGAACCAAGAAGAGGCACAUACUGCUGACACCACCUCCUAUCAGAGGCUGUACAAGGAGCUGAGUCAAUGCUACCAGGCCCUCAUGUCCAGUGAGGCCAACCUCCGUCAGAGUCACCAGGAGCUCAGUAGCCAGCUGGCUCAGAAAGACCAACACAUCCUGCAACUCCAGACCCAGCUACAACAACAACAGCAGCAGGAGCAAAUACAACUGCAGCAACAGCAGCAGCAGCUACAGGCUCAGCAGACAACAAUUUACCCGUCACCCAACAGGCAAACCAACUUUAAGGGUGCACCUGUGCAGCGGUCCAGGUCUCUGUCCCCAGCCAGCAGUGUGGAGUUGGAUAGUGGGAGGAGAAGAAGAGCACAACAGAGGAUGCAAGACCUUGAGGAGCUGCUGCAAUUGAAGAUGGAGGAGAAUGAAGAGCUGAGGAAGGCUCAUGAUAAACGCCGUGAACGUCUGUGUCUGAUUCAGACCAACUACAAGACAGUCAGAGACCAGCUGAAAGAGGUGGAAAAAUCAAAUGGCUUGCCAGGUGAAAGGAUUCAUCGUGCAGAGCCGUGGCAGCUAAGACAAGAGAACAGUGAUGCGGUGUGGAAUGAGCUGGCCUACUUGAAAAACCUCACCAGGAAACUCUCCACUGAAAAAGCCAGCUUGGAAGAGCAGCUGGACAUGCUGCGAGUCCAGGCUGCUAUGGACCGGGCCACGGUGAAGGAGCUUCACCUGUGUCUUGCUAAUGAACACAAAGAAUUGCUUCACAAAGUGGUGGAGGAGCACCAGGUCAAAAGCAGCACUCCAAAAAAGCCUUCUGUUUCUUCAGAGCAAAUGGAACAGUCAUUUAAAAAGAUUGAGCAGCUGGAGUGGAGGAUGAUAUCCCUGGAGGAGGAGAGAGAGAGACUAAGUGAAGAGAAAGAGCAGCUACUUGAAGACAACAAAGACUUGGCCCUCAACUGCCGCAAACUCCAAGCCUCCCUCGAUCACCUGCGAACCCAGGAAGCUGUUCGUGAAGAGGCAGCCCAGGCCCUGGCCCAGGCCCAAGGGGAGCGUCAUUGCAACAAGAUCAUGGCCCUAGAAGCCCGGGUUGCUGCUUCUCAGAAAGAGGCUACCAAGCUUCAUCAUCAGUUGCUGAAGCUGAGACAGGAGGUGGGGAUUCUCAAAGCAGCCAGGGACUACUACAGGAACCAUGCAGCAGGACCAGUGCGGGCAGGCGGGAUCGGUAGCAAAAUUAGCAGCAAGGUCAAAUUCAAAACAACAAGACUCAGAGGUGCACUACGCCAGAGCAGCCACCGAACAGUCAGCCCCAAUCAAGCCAUCAGCUGGCAAGGCCGCAGCCCCAGUCCCACUAAGGACGAGUGGGAGGACAUGAGCAUAGACAGUGACAGUGGUGAGGAGUACUCGGACAGUCUCAACAGUGUGCCCUCAGGGACAGCACCUUACAGACAACAUGCUAACAGAAAGUCCUACAGGUGUUCACUGAUGUCAAACACAGAAGCGCCAGCAGCAGAAUCUCACAAAAAACAACCCGAUGUUCUGGCCCGAGACGAUAAACAGCAUGAGCCCUGGGACCAAGGGAUGAGAGGAGAGAGAAGGAGGAGGAAGAGGAUGCUGAUGAGGACCCAGCACUGCUCCUCCUCUUCUCUGCAGCAGCGCAUAGAGUCCCUACAGCGCCACAUUGACAUACUGCGAAGUGCCAGGAAAGAUGCUGUGCUUUCAGCCAAUGAGCUGCGAAGGGCCAAUGAGAAGAUCAUGGCGCAGCUCAACUCCCUCACUGAGAAACUCUGCAGCAGCAAGCAGCUAACACAGAAGCUGACCUCUGACCUGGCUGGUGUGGAGCAGCAGAAAAAGGUUCUCGAGAUGGAGUUGGAGCAGUGGAGGCAGAUCACAUUCCCCCAGCAAACUGCACCACCACCACCAGCACCUGUAAACGCAGAGUGUUCCUGCCAGGGCAGAACCGUGCCCGCCCCAACUAACCCUGCCCACCAGGCUCUCGAGGCUGAGGUCAAACAACUUCAAGCCAGACUUAAGAAUGCAAGUGCGGAGGUCACAAGGCAGGUGGCAGCUAACAAAGCCCUGCGAGGCCAACUCCAGGAGAACGAAGACAAGCUCCGCCAGCUGCAGGACAAGGCGAGUCACACAGAGCGAGAUGUGAACAUGAAAAGGCAGCUGGUGGAGGACCUGAAGACGAGGCUGAAGUUCCUGCAGGAGAUGGAGAAAAGUUACAAAGGACAAUUAGAGGAGCUAGAGAAGAAGGUGAAGACUUUAUCAGAAGAGGCCUCCAACAGGAAGGCCUUCAUUGAAUCUCUAAAGAGAAGACUGAAUGUUGCAACCACAGAGAAAAAUCAGUAUGAGGCCUCCUGUACAAAACUAAAAGAGGACCUGGAAAAAAAGGAACAGCGCAUACAUGCCCUACAGGCUCGUGUAGGAGCCAGUGAACAGGCUUUGGCUGCACUGGAACAGACAGCCACUGAGCAAAUGGAGGGGUUGACCCAGCAGAGCUCCCAUUCCUUGGACAGGCUUCAGAGACAGCUAGGCACAGCCUACUCCCAGCUGGAACAGCUUCAUUCUUUCAUCAAGGCCCUGGCCAGUGAAAUACUUUUAGACGUUCAAGAGGUCAAGCAGCAGUUGAUGAAGAGGAGGAGGUUGAGGCAGGCCAACGCUGUGGCAGUAAAGGGCGGCCUCUCAGCCAAGUCUAUGAUCAAAGCCAAGUCCAUCGCUGCCUCCAUCCUCAAUAUGUCAGAGAAUGAUCUUGCAGACAUAAUGGACACUGAUCAGGGAACAGAGGCUCGUUCAGAGAGUCCAAGAGACCAGGAGUGGCUGGACCAGCUAAACCACAUCCUGCAGCAAAAGAUCCCCUCUGCCGGCCAGCUAAUGGAGGCUGUGCGCGUGAAGAUGAAGGAGAGGAAAGUGCUGACAGAAGAGCUGGCCACGCUCGCAACACCAGUCAGCGAAAAAGCCUGACUCCCUGGGCUGAGGCUGGGAAAACUGUCAUCCUCUUCUUUUUCUCCCUCCCUUCUUCUCUCCCUCACCGGCUCCUACUCAGUGGGAGCUGGGCUGAGCCAAGCUGAGCCGGGGCAGCAGA